AUGGGCAUCUACUUCCCAUGGCGGCAUCUCGGCCUCGUCUCCCCCCUUCCCCCGCAGAUCCCGCCGUCUCACAGUUUCGCCACCGAGUCCCUCACCAUCUGCUCCGCAAUUCACCGCCUCCCAAGAUGGCGCGCCGCUGGCCGUUCUAUCCGCCGUCUAGCCAUCCUCACAGACAGUGCCAACUCGGUCUCCAUGUUCACCACACUGUCCGCUUCACCGGACAUGAACCCAAUUCUCACCUCCGCUGUCGACAUCUUGCUAGCCUGCAAGUGUUCCUACCGCAUCGACCAUAUUCCGGGUGAGCACAACCCUGUUGCAGACGCCCUCUCUCGCGGCCAGCUGGCUCGGGCCUACGCCCUCGACCCCCACCUCGACAUUGUCACAUUUACACCCCCACGAGAUGCGCUGGGGGGUUUCCGGUCAUGA